AACAAAAGGUUUUUGGGAGAGAUCAGAAAGAAAAAAAAAGGAAAGAGAACUUGAGGGUGGGUUUGUUUCUUGACCUUUCAAGAACACGCCAUCUUUCCUUUUAUUCCAUCAUUUCAAGAUUCAAACUUUAUGUGGUUUUAUUUACUUUAGGGUUUAAUGUGUGUGUUUUAGAAAGUGAAAUAAAAAAGAGAGAUUAUAUAGAUACAGAUACAGAUUGAAUUAAUUGAUCAAGCAAGCAAGAAGCUUUAUCUUAUCAUCAAUACCUCCAUACCGAAAUCUCAUUUACACCUUAAAGUCUUGGAAUGAGUGUUUUCUUGCAAAGAGAAAAAGAUUUGUCAAUGAAGUAAAGGAGCAGAAACAGUUUUUGAUCCAUCAACAAUCAGCUUAUAUAUAUAAUAUUGAAUGCUACUUCAACUUCAAGAGCAAUAACCCAUGUACCCUUUUGAGUAUAUUCACAGUGUGCGAAACAUGGAUAACAAUAAGACCAAGAAUGAAAUACCACCAACUGAGGAGCUAUUAAAGAAGAUUCAUGAGUUAGAAGAAAGUCAUGCUUAUCUCAAAGAAGAGAUGUCAAAGUUAAAAAUUUCGGAUGAACAGCAUAAAUCCGACCGGCAAAGGUCUAGUUCAGUAUCUCCACGCCGCCCACGUCGCAGAAACAUGGGUGGUGCUGCUGGGGUGUUUGAGGGCGGUGCUGUGGCAGCCUUUAAAAUGGGUUCUGCUUCUUUUCGUCAUUCUUCGCCGUUGAGGAGAGAAACUCGCAGUGUUGAUGUUAGUUAUAGCAAUGAUAACCAUAAUGCCUCUGCUAAUAGCAGUGGAGUUGGACCUUCAGCUGUGAAGCUAACGGAAACACAAUACUUGAAUAUAUUGCAGUCGAUGGGUCAAUCUGUGCAUAUAUAUGAUCUCGAAGGUCACAUAAUUUACUGGAAUCGUAUGGCUGAAAAUCUUUAUGGUUAUACGGCUGCAGAAGCCCUUGGGAGAUGUGCAAAUGAGCUUCUUGUAGAACCUGAUGAUAUUCACUUAGCUGAUGCUAUCCUACGAAGAACAGUAAGGGGGGAAUGCUGGUCUGGACAGUUCCCAAUUAGGAACAAACAAGGGGAAAAGUUUGUUAUCAUUGCCACAAACACACCAUUUCGUGAUGAAAAUGGAAUGUUAAUUGGAGUUAUAUGUGUAUCCAGUGACACGCGCCCAUAUCAGGAAUUAAAGCCGGUGGGGAGCAUUAGUGCACCAAGGAGAAUUGCUUCAGCUAAACUUGGGCUUGAUCCUCAACAACCUUUACAAACUGCCAUCGCCUCAAAGAUUUCAAAUUUGGCUUCAAAAGUUAGCAACAAGGUUAAAUCAAAAAUGAAAACCGGAGAGAACUUCACUGACCAUGAAGGUGGUAUCGGGGAUACUCAUUAUGCUGAAAAUGAUGUUAAUGUUCCUGAUCAUAAAGAGGACGGAUAUUCAAGUGGAGCCAGCACUCCGAGGGGUGAUGUACCUCAAUCACCAUUUGCUGGGAAACCCUCAACCGAUUCCGGUGAUGAGAGUGAAAACAAGCUCGGAAUCAAGACUUUAUCUUCGAAAGCUGAGGCAUGGAUGGGUAAAAAGGGAAUUACAUGGCCAUGGAAAGGAAACGAUAGAGGUGGUCCAUCUGAUUCGAAAGCAGGUCGUUUUGGUUUGCAUUGGUUACAUAAUGAUCAAGAACAUGAGUCGGGUCAACAGUUGAGUUCGUCAAAAGUAGAAAGUCAGCCAUGUGAAAACACCAAUCGGAAUGAGGCUUCAGGGUCAUGGUCUUCUUCGUUUAAUGUUAAUAGCACAAGCAGUGCUAGCAGUUGUGGAAGCACAAACAGUAGUGCUAUUAAUAAAGUGGACGUGGAUACGGAUAGCUUGGAUUACGAAAUUUUGUGGGAAGAUUUAGUAAUUGGAGAACAGAUUGGGCAAGGUUCAUGCGGGACAGUAUACCAUGCACUGUGGUAUGGAUCGGAUGUCGCGGUCAAGGUUUUCUCAAGACAAGAAUAUUCAGAUGAUGUGAUAUUAUCCUUUAGACAGGAGGUAUCUCUCAUGAAAAGGCUCCGGCAUCCAAAUAUUCUACUUUUCAUGGGUGCUGUCACCUCACCUCAACGUUUAUGCAUUGUCACGGAGUUCCUUCCACGUGGAAGCUUGUUCCGCUUACUUCAAAGAAAUGCAACUAAACUAGAUUGGAGACGGCGUGUUCAUAUGGCCAUGGAUAUAGCUCGAGGCAUGAAUUAUCUUCACCAUUGUCACCCACCUAUCAUUCAUCGAGAUUUGAAGUCUUCAAAUCUUCUUGUUGACAAGAACUGGAAUGUGAAGGUUGGGGACUUCGGUCUUUCACGAAUAAAGCAUGAAACGUACCUUACAACAAAGACUGGGAAAGGAACGCCUCAAUGGAUGGCUCCAGAAGUCCUUCGGAAUGAACAGGCAGAUGAAAAGUCUGAUGUAUAUAGUUUUGGCGUCGUAUUAUGGGAAAUUACCACUGAAAAGAUCCCUUGGGAUAGUCUCAACUCAAUGCAGGUAAUUGGAGCUGUAGGGUUCAUGAACCAACGGCUAGAUAUUCCAAAAGACGUAGAUCCCCAAUGGGCUUCUCUUAUCGAAAGCUGUUGUUGCAGUGAACCACAAUCUCGACCAACAUUCCAAGAAAUAUUAGAGAAACUUAAAGAGUUGCAGAAGAAAUUCACAGUGCAGCUUCAGGCAUCACGUACUGCCUCUGCAGCCGUCACCACUCCCGUCGCAGCUGCCGGAGAAAACAACCACCUAAAUGAAUCGUAAAAGAAAACACAAGUGGGAAUCGCUUUGACCCUUUUUAUCUUCCAAAGUAGAUCACGCGCGUGUUGUCGGGCCAUGCCUCAAGUCAAGUUGGUUUUUGUAAUGAUGAAUUGCCGGUUGGUGUUGGUUUUUGUCGUGGUGUUGUAGUUAAAUAGCUCAUGAUUGUCGGGGAAAAACUUCCAAUCAAUUGGACACUAUGCACCAUUGUUUGGUGAUCCAUAAGGAACACUUUGCGAUUGUUUUGUAUAGAGUAGAUGAAUUACAUCCUACUUUUAGAAUGGUAAAAGAAGUGAGUUAUGUAGAUGUGGAGUUUUAA